AUGGCCCCCUCGGCACUUCCAGACUCUCCCCUGCGGCCAACAACGUCGUCGACGCUCCACCCGUCCCACGCGGACGAGUACGCCGUGCAGGCGGGCGUGCCCAACUUCGAGGGCUACGACCACAUCACCUGGUGGGUGGGCAACGCGAAGCAGGCAGCCUCGUACUACAACACGCUCUUCGGGUUCCAGACGGUGGCGUACCGGGGGCUCGAGACGGGCAGCCGGCUGUUCACGUCGUACGUCGUGGCCAACGGGGCGGUGCGGUUCGUGCUGACGUCGCCGAUCCGCUCGCACGCGCACAUGCCGGCCGACGAGUCUUACGAUGACGACGAGCUGCGGCUGCUGCGCGAGAUGCACGCGCACCUCGAGCGCCACGGCGACGCCGUCAAGGACGUGGCGUUCGAGGUCGACGACGUCGAGGCUAUUUAUAAUCACGCCGUCGAGCAGGCGGGCGACGACGACGACGACGACGGCGCUGCUGCUGCCCUCGUCGGCGUGCAGCCGCCGCGGCUCGUGCGCGACAAGACGCACGGCGAGGUGCUGACGGCCGUGGUGCGCACGUACGGCGACACGACGCACACGCUGAUCUCGCGGCGCGGCUACACGGGCCCGUUCCUCCCGGGCUUCGUCGCGCGCUCCGCCGCACCGUCAUCCCUCCCCCUACCCGCCGUCGACCUCGUGCGCAUCGACCACUGCGUGGGCAACCAGUCGUGGGACGAGAUGGCGGCGGCGUGCGCCUUUUACGAAAAAUGUCUCCAAUUCCACCGGUUCUGGAGCGUCGACGACGCGACCAUCUGCACCGAGUUCAGCGCGCUCAGCUCCGUCGUCAUGAGCAGCGCUAGCCGCGCCGUCAAGAUGCCCAUCAAUGAGCCGGCGCGCGGCAAGAAGCGCUCGCAGAUUGAGGAGUUCUGUAUCUUCCACCACGGCCCGGGCGUCCAGCACGUCGCCCUGCUGACCGACGACAUCGGCGCCGCCGUCACGGCCAUGCGCGCCCGCGGCGUCGAGUUCAUAUCGGUGCCGCCGACGUACUACGAGGAGAUGCGGCGCCGUCUUGGUAGUGAGAAGCGUAGCUGGGAAUUACACAAGGACAUGGCCACGCUCGAGCGCCUCAGUAUUCUGAUUGAUUAUGAUGAGGGCGGCUAUUUGUUGCAGCUGUUCACCAAGCCCGUCAUGGACCGCCCUACCGUCUUCGUCGAGAUCAUCGAGCGCCACGACUUCGAGGGCUUCGGCGCCGGCAACUUCAAGAGCCUGUUCGAGGCCAUCGAGCGGGAGCAGGCGGAGCGGGGGAAUCUGUGA